AUAAUCUUGACAAUAAGUGUCUAAAAUUUUCCACUGUAGAUUCACCAAAAUUGGUGGGUCGCGUUUUUCCAUCCCUUUGGCCGUUUUUCCCAUUUGCCUAGGUGGACGAAAAAUUCUCUCAUGCUGUCAGGUUCUAUUCAGGUUAGGGUUUAUUUGGGAAAGGGUUUUUGUUUUUCUGUCGUAUUUGCGUUUAGUGUGGGCGCCAAUCUUAGUUAUUCUCCUUUAGGGUUUCAUCUUUUCAAUUCAAUUAUUGAUGAGUUCAAUUAUUUUCCCCCUUUAUCCGUAAAAUUCCUGGGUUUUUGAAUUUCAAAUCUAAUCAUUGUUUGGGUAUAAAUAUGUGUUGUGUGUACACCUCUAAUCAUCAAAAUCUCUAUCUCACCUGAAAUACAACCCGAUUUAAUCAUUAUGGCCAAAGUUUGUAAGAAGUUUGACAGUGUUUCUGAGAUUUUACCAAACAAGGAUUGUGUUCGAAUCAAGGUGCGUGUUCUUCGUAUCUGGAAGACGUCUUCGUUCCUUAAUCCUUCUGAAGUCAAUUCAAUUGAGAUGGUUUUGGUUGAUGAAAAGGGUGGAAAGAUUCAUGCCUCUAUUAGGAAGCAGUUUUUAUAUAUGUUUGAGUCUAAAAUUGAAGAAGGACAAGUGUAUCAGAUGUCCUAUUUUUCUGUUGUUCCUCAGACUGGUUUCUACAGAACUACUCUACAUCCAUACAAGCUAUUAUUCCAAAUUAAGACAAAGGUUGUUGCUGUUAAGAGCUCUGAUAUAUCUCAUCAUGGUCUCACAUUGACAAGUUUGGCUGAAGUUUGUAGUCAUGUCCAUGAUUAUGAAUUUUUAGUUGAUGUUAUGGGUUUGUUAUCUGGAAUUUCUGCUGAGAGGGAAUAUGUUAGGGAUGGAAAUGUUACAAAGAUGGUUGUGUUGGAGUUGACUGAUACUAGUGGGAAAUGUGAAUGUGCUUUGUUUGGGGAUUAUGUUGAUGAGUUAAACAAGAAACUGGGCAAGACAUCUGGUGGUCUCCCUGUGGUCGUAAUUCAGUUUGCAAAGGUUAAGAUAUUUAGAGACCAAGCAUCCAUUCAAAAUGUCAUCAACACUACAAAGAUUUUUGUGAAUCCUGAUAUCCCUGAAGCUGAUGCAUUUAAGGAUAGCAUUGGUGUGCAUGGUAUUAUGUUGGAUGCCACUGUUUCUGUGAUUGGUCCUCGUGCCAAACCUGCUAUGGAUGAAGAAUUUCUGAGGAUGUAUCCAAAAAAAACUGUAUCUGAACUAAGUGAAAUGGAAGAGGAAGGGGUUUUUGCUGUUUUUGGGGUGGUUAGUUCUAUUGUUCGUGGGGAGGAUUGGUGGUAUCCUGCAUGCAAGUGUCAUAAGUCUGUUAUUGCUGAUUCUGGGGCUUACUUUUGCAAUGGAUGCAACAAGCAUGUUUUUCAAGUUGUUCCAAGGUAA